AUGGAGUCUGUCCGCCAGUCUUGUCGGCCAAAGCACCAGGUCCUGACUCUAAAGUGCUAUCCCCGAUAUCAGAAGGGUGUUUCUGAGGUCAAGCCCAACCCGAGUGAACUCUCGUACCUGCUGUACUAUACGAGCACGCGACGGAGCAAGCUGACCAAAGUCGGCGCCUUCCUCGAGAAGAGGGUGGCCCGCGAUGUCUGGAGACGCCGGAUAGGAAAUGUCCAGGUGGCGCUUCACAUCCUGACAGCCCUCAUCGAAAAAGUCCCCCGCGAUCUCCCGAUCUACGCGCGAUCGGUCCUCACCGUCAUCGAGACUGUCUUGCGGUCCAAUGAUAUAACCAUGGUGGAGGAUUCAAUUGCGACUUUUGAAAUGUUCUGUCGGACCCAGGACAUGGCGGCCAUUGCCGCCGAACAGGGCCUCGCAAAUCAAUACCGCGAAGUCGUACGGACAUACGCUAAUCUCGCCGACCCGACAUUCCAGUCCCAGUUGCACACGAAACUCAGCCCUCCGGUGGCAAUUCGGUGGAGAAAUGCUGGGCUCCGAGCGAUCAAAGGCGUGGUCAGCUCUGAAAGUCUCGCCGCUGACGGCGGAAACUCGUUGAAAACCAUCCUGCCCGUCAUUUUGGAAAAUCUGUACUCGGGCGAAGAGGACAUACUGGUUACGCUAAAAGAAAAACUUCAAGAGGCCGAGAAACCUGAGCGGGACAGGGCCAGACCUCGCCGGUUGAGUGUCACGACGGUGCACACUGUCGACACGGCGGAGGGCGACCCUACGCUUGCAGCGCGAUCGCCGGCCGAUGCAGACCGACAGGCAGAGAUGGAUGCGCGACUGCUGGCCUUGCGCUGCCUCGAACAGAUUAUUGUUUCGGGGAGUAACCGUGGCCAGACCCGUAUUGCGGCGACGAUCAUCCUCCGGUUCCUCUCCACCAAGGGCCUUCCACGGACUGCCAGUCAGGACCAAUCGGGUGCUACCAAAAUCAAUGGCAAUUGGGCGACCUCACUCAUUGAGCUCAUUGCAAAUUGGUGUCCGGUACAGGUUCGCUUUGUGAUCUUGGUUACGGCCAUGGAAAUUCUGCGCGACACAAGCCCCAAGGAAGAUGCCUUGAAGUCAUCCUUCACCCUUCUUUAUGUGGUGGACUGGCUUUUGAAAUCCUCUGUGAAUAUGAUUGGAUUGAGCGUCAUGGAUAUCCUCUUUGGACUUAUGCACUAUGCUUCGGAGAUUCUAUCGCAUCUCGAUCAACCUGCGAGAGCAGAAACGGAAGAGAAGCAGGAUGAACAUGCUGACAAGAAUGCCUCUAUUUCUCCUCAAAGAAAGAACCUCUUGACUCUUCUGGAACAGUGCAUUGGGGAUUUGGCGACGCAUAUCUACUAUGGUGACCAGGUCGCAGACAUGAUGCGGGCCAUUCUAAGGCGCUAUAAGCCUACUCUCAACCAUGAAAGCUCUUCGCCAUCCGCCUUGGCUACAGUCCACGAAACCGGGGCAGUGCCGGUGGAUCCGGCAAACUCUGCUGCCGAGAUCAACGGGGAAAAGACCAGCGGAGACACCUUCUCGCAUACGACCGCGAAACUAACCGCCCUUCGAUCCGUCAAAGCUAUCCUAGUCGUGGCGAAUCUGAGGACGCCAGCCGCCACAGCCGGAGUGGAAUCAAGGAACCCGGUUGGUAUCCAUGUCUGGGAAGGGACGCAGGGGCUUUUGCGUGACUCGAAUCGCGACGUUCGUUAUGCCUAUGCCGAUGCACUCCUGUCCUGGUUACAUCUGGAAACGAACAAGGGCGACCUUAAGGCGCGGGUAGAAACCCCGAAGUUCAUCAAAUCGCCGUCAAAACGCGACUCCGACCAAGGCGACAAGCUUAACCGACGGAGUGUCUCAGGUCCUGUGAAUCAGAGAGAAAAAGUGAUGCAGGCAGCCCAGUCGAAUUUCCUGCGUCUUCUGCAUUUGGCCAUCUAUGAUGCUGCCCACGAAGGGGCCACCGAUGAGUCUGAGAUCCUCUUCUUGCACCUUCUUCUGGCAACUCUGGUCGAGAAUCUCGGUGUCAAUGCCGCUCAGUUUGGGAUUCCCAUGGUGCUCAGGUUACAAGACGAUCUAUUCACAGCGGUUGACUUGGGUUCUUUUACGGCCCGCGUGAACAUUGGAAGCUUGGUCCAUGGAUAUUUCUUAUCUCUGUCCGAGAAAUUUAACCUGAUAUCUUCUCCCGUCGGUGUCGAAAUCUGCAAUGAGGUCGAGAAACGCCAAAACAAGAGCCAAUGGCUCACCAAGGUCCAAACGCCCCCAGUUGGCCUUGACGACAUUGCCUUUGAUGAUGAGAACAGAUCUGCCAAUAGUACCUCGGACUCUCCGCCUCUGCUGAUGCCCUUCCGAAAUGUAGAGGGGCUGGUCAGCUAUAUUGACGAAGCGUACCGCCUCUCAAUCACCUCCCCGCCACAGAGCCCCCCAACCUCGCCCGCACGGGGCUUCAGCUUCCCGGUUCUGAAUCACGUUGCGGCACCGCAGUUGCAACCUGAUGGCAGUCUUCCAUAUCCUGUCAAGGAGCAAAUGAUGUCUUCUUGGUCGCGGGACUCAUGCUUGGCAGCCGUCGAGAAGGAAAGCGUUAGAACACUCUCGAUCAGCGGCUCUCGAGUGGGUACCCUGAAUGCGCGCAACGGUCAUGCCAACGGUGUGGCAAACGGCUCUCCUAAUGGCUCAGCCUUGAACCAAAACCGCCGCAUGAGUGUCCCAGAAAUUACGAGUACGCCAGCCCCCAGCUCCAGCAGAGGUUCGCCGGUUCGUGUCAAUGAGCUGCGGCGUGUUCUCUCGGUUAGCAACGACGCUCACCCGCGGCGGCUAAGCCCGCUCCGCGGCCGGGCAGAUACCUCGAAUGCCAGUAUUCUUUCCUCGGACAGCGAAAGUUUGCUCAGCGGUGCCUUUUCUGUGUCUGAAGUGGAUGGAGAUGCCGCCUCGGUCCAGCCGCAAGACAGACAACAUACCCCCGACGGCGACGGGAUGGAGACGCCCCGUGCCGCAGCGUCAGCUGUUGUCCUUGCCGGGGACAAAACUCCCAUCGACAAUUCCCAGCAGACAACGACCCUGAGCCGGGUGAACUCCGAUGAGAUUCCUCCUGUUCCUCCGAUUCCGGCUGGCUUGGCUAUUCCUGGCGGCUUCCCCAACGACUCGCAACGCUCACUGGUCUCAGUUGACCGUCCAUCCACGGCUCCUGGUCUUUCGCGACAGUCUUCCCUGAAAAGCAAAUCUGACUCAAUUCCCGCUCCCCGGAAUACCAAGUCUCUGAACCGCAACAAGAGCCGGUCUAGCAAUAGUCUCGUUGGCGGAGUGAGUCCGACAACCGCAGUGUUCCCCGACCUGUCAAAUGAGACCAACGGGACGGAUGCAGCUCUGGACCAAAGUCAUCGAGAUCACCUGCGACAGCUUUUGGACGGCUUCCUUUCACCUCAUGACGGCGCCUUACCGAACGGGGAUCAUCGCCCGGCAACUGCACAACCGUCCUCGAAGGGCCCGCUGAGCGGGAGCAGACGGCAAGUCAGUAUGAAAGGCAUCGGCCGGCCGCCUUAUUGA